AUGUCCGCUACAGUGAAUUUAAAAUACACCUGUGUAAACGAUCUCAUACAAGCGGCUAAGGUUGACUAUAUGAAGAAGGAGCCACGCGAUGUAUGCCUGAGAUUGACUGGUAUGAGACAGAAAUCUGAUGCUGCCAAGAAAGAAGGAGACGACGAGACUGCGUAUAUUAUGUUGAAGAGAUGGUUGGACACAGUCGAGUGGCUGAAGAGGCAUAGGGAUUACAAGGAUGGCAAGAUGACUUAUUCUCCGAAUAUAACUGUCGAUCAGAUAAAUGAAGUGAGAAACGUACUUGCAGACUUGAGGCAAAAGUUACAGUUACGCUAUGAUCAUUCCAAGAAGUCAUCUCGCAAAGAUACGAUAGAACAGAUGGAAAUAGAAGUGGACGGUGUGGAAGCCACAGAGGCCUAUACGCCAAGUACAGACAUUGGUUUGAAAUUACCUGAGACCCCAACCGACGAUCCUAUAUAUGGCGACAAAUUUAUAUCAUGCGAUCAGUUGUAUUCGUUAAUUAAAAUAGACGGUAGAUGCUUGGUCAUUGACAUCAGGCAGAAGGAUCAGUAUGAAAGCUCCAGAAUAUUGUCCGAGAAAUGCAUCAACAUUCCACAAUCGGAAAUCGAAUUAGGAAAACUGGCCAGUCAUUUGUUAAAAUAUCUCCAUAAAGAUAAUAAGCGUUCGUUCCAAUUAUUCAAGGAACGAUCUGCACAGUACGUGGACGUUGUGAUCUUGUUGGAUUGGAACACUACACAGGAGACUCUGACGCCCGCCAAUAGGUUGAAUACAUUGAUGACCAUUUUAGAGAAAUGGGACCCUGGCGUGAGGUACAAGAAGAUCACGAUUCUCAACGGAGGAUACCAGGAAUGGCUGGCGAGGUAUCCGGCGUUCGCGACGAAUCCAAAGGUGAUAGUGUCCGAGUUGGACAGCGUGGCGAACGAGAUCCUGGACACGAUCGAGUAUCCGGAGUGGCUGAACUCUGACGAGGAUGACGAGCUGAAGAAGUCGCGCAAAUUGAACAACGCGAAAGUCUUCAACAAGAACAACACGGACGUGGAGAUGAUUCACGGCAACAACAAGUCGGCGCCCAAGCACGCCAGGUCGAACAGCAACGACGCCGUUACCACGGUUAAGCCUAAGAACUUCACUAGUCACGUAACGAUAUCAAUCGACGGCAAACGGUCAUCCCGGGGCGACAACGUGAUGAACGGGCAGCGAAUCAACAGUCCGGACUCGUUACCUCAGCACAAGACAAUGUCGAAUAAGUUGCCGCAAAACGAGGUGAACGCGAAACCGGUGAUCGAUCGCAGCAAUAAGCCGGUUACCCUCAAGCCGACGUACGAUCCGCGGUGUAAGGAGGUGCUCAGGUUCAUGAAGGACCUGCACGAUCUGACCAAGUCGAAGAUAAAACUGGCGAACGAGCUCUUUGACCACGAGUACCAGCUGUGCGCGCAGCGCGACGACAAGUACCGGGACAUCAACGAUGAGAAGUAUCUGCAAAAGGAGAUCAAAUCUCUGAAGGUCAAACUGGAGGACAUGCACGAGAUGUACCUCAAGAUCGAGAACGAGUUUAACGAGUACAGCAAGGAGCAGGGUGCGAUCAAGUUUAAUCUCUCCGAUGACAAUGAGAAGAAGAAUCUUGAGCUUAAUCUGUCCAUGAUGAAAACGGAGAUCAAGAGCAUCGAGAACAAGCGAAAGAAGCUGCAGGAGGAAUUCAUGGAGAGAGAGCACAGGGAGGUGUCGAUGAGGCAGAACGACAAUGACAUUCACAAGGAGCCGUUGAAAACGGACGGCUCGUCCAUUAACACCGGCCUGGAGCGUUCUUACUCGAGCCCGAACUUGCUGCAGUUGGGGGAUCGUAAAGCACCUCAGGUAGAUAGAACUUCUAAGCCGCAUAUAUCGCCUCGCAAUCAGAAUGGAUCUAUUGGGAAUGAAAACGUCAAAGUGUCUCUUAGUUGGGGAAAUCGGGAGGAACGAAUGACGCCUAUUCACGGCAAUGUUCAUCCGGGUAUAACCGGCCUGAAGAACUUGGGCAAUUCUUGUUACAUGAACAGCAUCAUUCAGUGCCUGAGUAACACGACGCACUUAGCGAAAUACUUCACCGACAACUCGUACGCGGACGAUCUCAACACGAGUAACGAUAACAUGACGCAGGGCCAGGUCGUGGAGGAGGUGGCUCAAGUGAUCAAAGCGCUGUGGAGAGGUCAAUACAAGAGUAUAUCCCCUCACGAUCUCAAGGUCGCGGUCGGGCAGUAUAAAUUGCAAUUCGAGAGUUACGAGCAGCAAGACUCCCACGAGUUUCUCACGUUCCUUUUAGACUGGAUGCAUAAUGACCUUAAGAAGGAAUCAAAAAUGCCGAUUGAGAUGACCAACGCGGAGAAAGAAUGGGAUAAGGCGAUGAAUUCGCAAAAGUCCAUUAUAUCGGACCUGUUUUUCGGCCAAUUGAGGUCUACCAUCACAUGUUCGUCCUGCAAACAAGACAGCACCACGUACGAGACGUUUAACAGUUUAACGAUGUCGCUGUCUCAUUCUAAUCGAUGUACCUUGAAUGAUUGCAUGGAAAAGUUCGUGACAGGACAGAAGGUGAACGGCUGGAAGUGUCCCAAGUGCCAGACGCCCCGCGACGCGACGAAGAAAUUCGACUUCGUCAAGCUCGCACCCAUCGUCGUGGUCCACCUGAAUCGCUUCGCCGAGAGCGGCGGGUGGCUGGAAAAGCGCAACACCGCCGUCGACUUCCCCCUCUCAGGAUUCAACUUGAAGCCUUACCUCGUCUCGGAGAACCCGACGGCUAUGUCGAACAACAUUCGCAAUUACAAUUACACCCUGUACGCGAUGUCCAAUCACUAUGGGACGAUGGACGGCGGUCAUUACACGGCUUUCUGCAAGAACGCCACUCAAAACAAAUGGUACAAGUACGAUGAUCAAACUGUCACAGAGGUGUCGCCGAACCAGGUGAAGUCUCAGAACACGAGUGCCUAUUUAUUGUUUUACACGUCGUUUCCGAACACGAUCAUGUAGUAUGAGGACGCGAACGGAGGAAUCAAGAAUCGAUCGUGACACCCGUCUCGAAAGUCUUCAGCGUGAUAUUACUUAAGAGAAGCAUCAUACAAGAAGGAAUAUGAUCUUCGACGCUCUGUAGAUAUUAUAUCGGUUACAUCGUCGGUUUUAAGUAAAAAGUCAUUAACUAGCAUCGCGAAGAUUUUAAGAGAGAGAGAGAUAGAGAGAGAGAGAGAGAAAGAGAUUCUUUCGACAAGCUUUACUGGCCUCUAUUGACAACUUUGUUGCGUAACGUUCCAUUGCACAAUUUGAUUGUAACGAAAGGAAAAGCGAGUGAGCGUGAAGAGAAAUUGCGUUAGAAAUGUUGGCCGAUUUCUUUUUCCUCGCAGACUUCGACGAGUCCGUCGUCACGAGCCAUCUACCUCAAAAUAACCGGCAAAAAGAUCACACACGGAAGAAACAAUUUUGCUGGGACGGCAAAUUGCUUGUUAAUAUAAUGACAGCGGAAAGAUUUGUUAUUAAUUUUUGGUUACGCCUAAACAACGUUUUGUUGCAACAGUAAGAUUAUUUUCUCCGUGUAACAAAUCUUUUCGCUGUCACUGUAUCAAUGAACAAUUUGCCGUUCCAGGAAAACUUUUCUCCCCGUGCAGUGCUUGACUUUUUCCGCAAGACCGACGAUAUAAUUAGUACGAUAAAUCCUAUGCGCGAGCGAACGUAUAGGGCUGUGACGGUAUUAAAAGCUUUAUUGGUGCUGGAAUUUCGUUAAGAAUAUGUAAAUAAGUAGGAGUACAGCAAUUUCUCGAUAUUUCCAUUGCAGUCUAUCGCGCUAGAGGGGAUGCGAAGUGUAGUUGUGUUCGAGAAUAUUUUAAUAUGUUGUAUAGCUUCGAAAUAUUAUAUAUAUAUACACGUGUGUGUGUGUAUAUAUAUACA